AGAGCUGGAUUAUUCACCAUUUGUUCUAUUUCUUACUCAAUCACCCACAUUCAGCUCCUCAGCGGAGCCUUGUUGCAGUCAGUUCAGUUUUUCCCAAAAUUGAUAGGAAUUGAGUCAGGGCAGUUUCUGUGCCUGGGCUCAGGGUGAGGUACAAAAUGCAGAGGGGUAGGAGGAGAGGGCUUUGGCUGGAAGCAGGAGGACACUCUUGGUGUUGAUAUUUUGGGGGUCUCACCCUGGACAGUCACUUUUGCCAUGGGUUGGUGCCACUGUCAGUGUUCACCCACUGCAGUCUGUGAAUGCAGAGUGAAAGAAUCACCCCACGCCAACAGAAAUCGAAACUGCGGGGGUUUGCAGCACAGCGUGCAGCUCCGGGCUAGGGACACGCGUGGGUUGUAAUCCCCGGGUGGGUGCGAGCAGGGGCUCCUGCCCUGCCGGCCCCUCCGGGGCAGGGGGACCCUCUCCCACCCUGCCCCGGCCCCGCAUCCCGGGCACGACGCGCUCCUCUCUGCGGCCGGGGGGGCCGGGGCGGCCUCCCCCGCGGGGCCGGGGCUGGGCCGGCGGCGGUGCCGUGUCCCGUCCCCCCCGCGGCGGCCGGGCCCGUCCCCUCCCACCGUGGAGCCAAGUUCAAACCGCGGGCCCCGGCGCAGCCGGACCGGGCUCCCCGGGACCGCCGCAGGGGCCGCGCCCGCGGGGCUCCAUGAUUUUCCCCCGGGCGCUCUCCUGUGCUGUUCUGCUGCUCCUGCUGGUGGCCGUGCUGAGCAGAGGCAGGAGGUGCAGCAUCGCCAAAAUCCUCCGGCAGUACCGCGCCGUCAUCUUCCAUGAGAUCCAGAACCUGAGAAACCUGACUGGGUCAGUGUACAGGAGCGGGAGGGCCGGGCCCGCUUGUCGUUCAGACAAGGACCAGAAGAUCCUGCUGUCCAUCUACAACAUCAGCAUGUCCCUGCGGGAGGUGGGGGCCGGCACCCUGCAGGGCCCUGAGGAGCUGGCGGUCUGGAGGGUGGCCAGGAACACCAACUUUGUGCUCCGGGAGAACUGCAGGAAAAUCAGCAAGAACCCACCGCGCACGGGCCCGGCACCGCCGCGGCGCGGGGCAGCCGGCCGCAGGAGGAAGCAGCUGCGGGAGCUCGGCAGGAAGGCGGAGAGGCUGGCGACCUGCUGGGAGAAGCUCAAUGCCCUGCACGCACCCCGCCAAGCGCCCUGGGACUCGUAGGGACGCCCUCGCUGCAUGCCAGGGGGAUGUGCUGCUCCAGCCCCGGGGCUGCCAGUGGCUCCUUUGGGAGUCUGGGACAAACUCAGCCUUGAGGGCGGAGGGGUUGCUGCCAGCAGACGCCCAAGCUGAAUUCAUCCUCCUGCUCCAAGCGGUGCCCAGGCACCGGAUCCACCACCCCUGGCUGGGGCUGGCAGGUUGGUGUGCUGUGGGAUGGCUGUGGCAGACACCUGGAACACCAGAAACACUGUGAAGAAGAAGGGGAAGAACCAAAAAGAGAAGGUGAGGUGUGGGUUCUUGGUUGCUCCUGCUGCUCUGUUGAGGACAAUGGGUGUGUUUUGGGGCAGAAAGAGGACAUGUGGGGCCAUGGCUCUGGGGGCUCUGCUGGAAGUGAGGCCACAGUGCAUCUGCAAGGCUCUGAGGUUAUUAGGGCUGUGCAUGGGGACAGCUGUCCCUGAGGCACUGCUGGGAUGUGCAGAGCAGCCGGGCACCCACAGUGGACAGGGAAGUAAAGGUGCAUCACUGGGCACCUGGGGAAGCCUGGGGGGUUCUGAUAUCCAAAAAUGCCAGGCAGUGUGGGGGCUUGAGGCCAAGGCUCAGCCUCGGUGACAGGCAGCACUGUGGAGGGACCCGGCUGCUUGGCACUGUGGGUGCCCCAGCAGGGAGGGAAUGGUGAGGUGUGGGGUGAGGUGAAGUGAAGGGCAUCUUCCCUUGUCAGGGCAUCCUCCCUUGUCACUGUGCUCUGCCAGCACCCUGCCUAUGGCCUCCACUGCUUUGUUGGGUUG